AGCUCUUCUAACGGAUAAAAGGAGAAGGGAGUUGGGAGAACUCGCUCAUUCUCCGGGUCUCCAGCGCAGCUUCCCCAAGCUUUUUAGGGGUGAGAGAUACGGAAAACGUCCUCAGAGCAGCCAUGUCCCGGUCUGUGAGUUUCAGCUCUCGCUCCGUGGCCAUCCCAGGGAUCAGCCAAGUGCGGGUCAGCACCGUCUCCUCGACCCGCGGAGGAGGGGGUGCUGGCUUUGGCAGGGCAGGUGGCUUUGGCAGCUCCAGCCUCUAUAACUUCGGCUCUGCCAGCAAGCGGAUCUCCCUCGGUGGAGGUGGCAGCUCCUACAGCACUCGCUCUGGAUACGGCUAUGGCGGUGGACUCGGCAUGGGAAUUGGCCCUGGGGGCAUUCAGGAGGUCACCAUCAACCAGAGUCUCCUGACGCCCCUGAAUCUGGAGAUCGACCCCAGUAUCCACCAAGUGCGGAAAGAGGAGAAGGAGCAGAUCAAGACUCUCAACAACAGAUUCGCCUCCUUCAUUGACAAGGUCCGGUUCCUGGAGCAGCAAAACAAAAUGCUGGAGACCAAAUGGAGCCUCCUCCAGGACCAGAAGACCUCCCGGAGUAACAUUGCUCCCAUGUUUGAGGCAUACAUUAACAACCUGCGGCGUCAGCUGGAUGGGUUGUUGAAUGACAAAGGGCGUUUGGAGGGCGAACUGAAGAACAUGCAGGAUCUUGUUGAGGAUUUCAAGAACAAAUACGAAGACGAGAUCAACAAGCGUGCAGCAGCAGAGAAUGAGUUUGUGGUGCUCAAGAAGGAUGUGGAUGCUGCCUACCUGAACAAAGUGGAGCUGGAGGCCAAGGUGGAUGCGCUGACGGAUGAGAUCAACUUCCUGAGGGGUCUCUAUGAAGCGGAACUUCAUGAGCUGCAGGCCCAGAUCUCUGACACCUCUGUGGUCCUGUCCAUGGACAACAGUCGCAACCUGGACCUGGACAGCAUCAUUGCAGAGGUUAAAGCACAGUACGAGGAGAUUGCCAACAGGAGCCGAGCAGAGGCCGAGUCCUGGUACCAGAGCAAGUACGAGGCGCUGCAGGUCACUGCUGGGAAACAUGGAGACGACCUGCGCAACACGAAGAAUGAGAUCUCAGAGAUAAACCGCAUGAUCCAGAGGCUGCAGGGUGAAAUCGAGAACGCGAAAGCCCAGCGUGCCAAGCUGGAGGCAGCCAUUGCUGAAGCCGAGGAACGUGGUGAAAUGGCCAUCAAAGAUGCCAAGGCAAAGCUGGAGGAGCUGGAGGCAGCUUUGCAGAAGGCAAAGCAGGACAUGGCUCGUCAGCUCCGGGAAUACCAGGAGCUCAUGAACGUCAAGCUGGCCCUGGACAUUGAGAUUGCUACCUACAGGAAGCUGCUGGAGGGAGAGGAGAGCAGGUUGGCUGGCGAUGGAAUUGGCAACAUCAACAUCUCUAUGGUCAGCUCCAGCGGUGGAGGUGGCUAUUCCAGCUCCGGUGGAUUUCUGGGAGGAGGAAUUGGAGGAGGCCUUAGCCUGGGAGGAGGCAUGGGCAGCGGGGCGCUCGGCUUCUCCCCUGGGGGUGGCUCCAAGUCCUACACCGUGACCACAACCUCAUCCACCAGGAGAAGCAUCAGGAAAUAAACUACAGGAACCGAAAUCAGCGGUACCCAAAUACAUGGGGGGAGGGAAACCAUAGAAAGAAAAGUUGUGGUGUCUUUUAUAGGACAAAUUGGCUGCAAAAUUUCUGCAGUGAUGAAUGAAUUGCAGUAAGACAUACCAGAGUACCUGACCCUGCCACAUCAUGCCUAAGGCUUGAUCCUGCACUGUUGAACUCGGUGGGAACCAUUCCACCAAGAGCAGGUUCAAGCCUGUGGGGUGAAAUUUCACCAGUGAAGCAGGCGGGAUAACGCUUAUGUUACUUGUGUGCUUGGUACCCCCUGCUCAGGGCUGAAUUUCACCCUUUGAAGGGCAAAGCAAUCAUUUGAAUGGCAAGCUUUUCCGCAUUUCUGCUGUGGUUUUGCAAAAGAGACCAGAAGAUUAUCUCCCCCUGAAUAUCAUUUGGAAUACCUUAUACCCUUGGGGUCCUUGGAAAAUGCCAGCUCUUGUUAAGAUUUCAGUCAGGGUUUGUUUUCUUAAAAUGUACCAGGAAGAAAAUGGUGAAAUUGUUUUGGAUUUUUCCUUAUUUUCUUUGGAAGUUGGCCCAGAAGUGGAAUUCAGCAGAUCUCCUCUGAAUGAAGCUAAUUUCAUACCGAAGACAAUGCAGACAGAUUUACUUUCAGGCUCUUUAUAACAAAAUGACUCCUAAACAAGUUGCCUCAGUCAUUCCCUCCCCCUAAAAGAAACCUAAAGUGUAAGGGAUAUAAAAUUGCUUACAAUUAUAAGUAACACACCAAAAUGGGAGAUAGCAUUUCCCAUCCUUGGACGUCUCUGUUUACCGCUCUCUAUUUCAAAGCAUAACUAGUGAUAUCUGAUGUCUCUACUACAGCUAGGGAAAAAGCGUGUUUUGUUGAUGCAUCAUUACAAUAACUAUUUGUUCCUGCCAAAAUGUGUCUUCAACUUAAACGUGCCAGGGAAAUAGGUUGUUACUACAGUUGGAGGAAAGAAAUAUUAAGUACUUCAAAAAACUUCAAUAUUAAUAACUUCAAGAAACUACACAGAAUUGCUGUAUUGCAUGCUCAGCUGUAUCCUAGCAUUGUAUCUCUGGUUGAAGUUUUCUGCCUUUUGGUCUGAGAGUUUGCCACGAGUCUGUUAAUAAAGGUUCCCUAUUGCAUGCUG